GCAGAUACACGGCGAUUCUGAAAGAGAUAGGACCUCCGCAUAGCGCUGUUAGUUAAAGAAAUAUUUUUGGACAUAUUUUAAGAUAUAACUUUUAAACCGCGCAGUUUUACGGAAUCAAACUUUUGGCUCGGUGUUUAAUUAAAAGGGACGAAAUUGAAAUUCAUAUCAGGACACAAAAAAAUUAAAAAAAACUUUUCUAUUAAAAUUUAAAUUUUGUGACGGAUAUCAAACAAUCUAUUAACUACAAGAAAUUUCGUUUCGUUUAUUUUACCUUCCUAUUUCGUGAAGGUAGACUUAUUGAGCAAAGAAAGGACUUUGCGAUAAGUGCAGUUUCUUUUUAAAGUAAAGGACCAAUUUACGAAUUAACCUUUUCAGGUUAAAAGGAGAAAUGUGCAAUAUGGCGAAAUACGUGAUCGGUUGUCUGUUCUGCGCGAGUUUGUCUCUGAUUUUGGGAGCUCCAGUAAGCAAAGAAAAUUUUGAUGAAAUCAAAGCCGCCUUAAAGUCUAAACUUCAGUCACAAGAACAAGCUCUGGAAUCGUUAUCGUCAGCGGGCACCGGUACACCACAAGGUGUUGAGUAUUCAAAUUCUAAAUCAUAUUCGUAUACAAACGUCAAUGGCGUGCAACAUCAAGACACACAGGCAGAAGAAAAAGUUUCAGACCCACAAAAUCAACACAUUAUAUCCGACUUAAAGGAACAAUUGACAGAGCAUCAGUCCGCAGACGAUUCCAAACCGCAGACGAGUUUUAAAGCUGCUUUAGACAUUCCAGAUGAGGGUAUUCACAAGGUGAUCACAGACGGGAAAGUGAGCGACGACUCUCAACCAGGCCAGGAGUACAAUGAAGCCAAAGACGCGCUAGACUUCACACCACGGGUUGUAGCCGAGUAUUUAUACAAGACAGGAGAAACAGAGGAGUUCCAAAACCUCUUGAAUGACCUCGUUCAGGCGUCUGAGAUAUCCGCAGAUGAGGCAGAACAAUACGAGAUGGCCGUUAUGGAUGAAUUAUAUAAACUAGAACAAGAGCAAAGUACAAUGGAUGUUGCGCCCUCUUAUAACUCAUUCUACCCGCCUGGUUACGGAAUGGAUCGGGAACAGCCGAUGGUUCCGGUUUACGGAGGGAUGCAGGGUCCACGUGACAUUUAUCCACUGUACGGUUUCGGCCAAUCAGGACCCGCAACUGCCACUGAGGAUGAAAACAACUACAUUAACUUCUUAAUGAACAAACCAGUCACCCUGGACGAAAUGAUCAACUCCCUCAUGAACCAGUGGCUUACGAGAGCAAUUGAAACUGAUCCCGAGGCCGAGGAAAUCUUAAACAACAUCGUCGAUUUUGUAUCCCAAGAUGACAAUCCUAACGAUGAAGCUCAAGUCAAGGCCAUAUUAGGUGACAUUUUUGCCGAAGCACUUCUCGAAGAUCUUACACCUCGCAUUGAGCCACAAGACAUUAACCUUGGAUCUGAACCCGUUUCCGCACCGAUUGUAGAGGAAGCUGGUGUCGGAGAUAAGGCAGAAGAGCAGACAGAUGGCGCGAAUGAUAUCACUCCCGUUUCCGGAGACCAGAGAGUUGAUGAACAAGUACAUCAGGAUAAUACAGAAAUACUAGAUGAAUCGCAAAAAAUGAAAAUGUGAGGAAUGAAUGACAAAUCAGCUUUCAUCUCAACGUGAUGGUGUUGGAAAAAUACUUCACGAUAGUUGUACGUUAUGAAAGGACAAUCAAAACACGUUUAAGUCUCCUGUGGUUAGAGCCUUCUUUGAUCUAUAACAUCCUAUUAUUUUAAGGACUCGUUGUUAAAGGUCCUUGGGUUAAGUCCUUUGGUAUGAACCUUCGUUGGUUUCAGCAUUUGUUUCGUUAAAUCUUUCUUUGGUUUAAGUAUUUUUGGAUUAAAAUUUUCUAUAUCAGAAGGCCUUGGGUAAAACCUUUUGUCUUAAGCCUACUUUGGCUUAACAUUUCCGUAUUUUAAGCCUUCUUAGGUUUAACACCUUUGAUUCGAACCUUCUUUAGUUUAAUUAUUAUAUGCUUUAAGCACUUCACUAUCUUUGCCUUAUGCAUUUUGGCUUAAGCAGUUUCUAAAGUGCUUUUUUUGGCCCAUAUCUUUUCCGGUUUAGGUCUCCUUUGAUUAAACCUCUUUGUCCAGAGCCUUGUUUGGUUGAACUAUUCUUUGGAACUAGCGGUGUUUUGUUGCAUACUAUAUAUAAGUGUGUUUAUAUUUUCUAACUCCUUCGUGGAAUAAUCUUGGUUGAUGAUAAUGUAAAAUACAUACAAUAUCAUAGCAAAACAUGUACAGGACGCUGUUACAUAGAGAAAGCCGACAGAAAAUGUGUUAAAUAGAGCCUUUGUAUAGAGUGUACAUAUAUCACCUUCGUGUUUUAUAUUUUCGCCUAUGCUGAUAUGAUUAUUUUCAUUUUCUAAGUUCAUGUUUUCCCUUUUCAUCUGAAAUAUUUUGAAAAAAAAACAACACUUUUGUAUCAAACAUGUAUUUUUGUUACUUUUACAAACUAUUCUGUGCAUAAAUUAAUCUAACUAAUUAUUUUUUUAUUGCUAAGUGAAAAUUGUUGAUUGUUUUAUAAUUUUUAUAAAAAAACUAAUUACUACUUACAGAAACCUACUUUAAUGUAAAUGGUUCCGGUUUCGACAAGUUUUACUCUGAUGUUGACUGGUUUGUUCCAUUUGAAAGUGUUAAUGUGGGAAAUUUCGUCAACUCAUAUUAUUUUCACAUUUUGCUUUGACAAUGCUUAUCAUUAUCGAUAUUUAUAGCAGACGAGACUACAAAAUUUAUCUUGGUUACCAGACAUUCAAAUAAUUUACUCAUUAUAUCCGAACUGUUGAUAUUUAGUCAGCGUAUGUAUGUAUGGUUUGUUAUAUGAACACUUUGGAAUGGUGCUUAAAAGUAGGAGUAUAUUUAUUUUGAAAACAUGUACACAAUUAUUGUUUUCGUCAAAACUUUGUGUUAAAGGGAGGCGACUCUUGCAAAAUUUGCUGAAUAAAGGUGUUAGGCUCGCUCGUUAUUAAGUACUACGCCAAAGGCUCAUUGCUAUGAUGUCCUUGCUAUCACACUCUUUGAUGUACCUGAAUGCAGACUUGUUCGAAUGAUUUUCUCACUGUGCUCAUUCGUAUAUUAAAACGUUGAAAAAAAUACAAAAUAAUUCAUUACUUUUCCAUUUGCAAGUGUGAGAUUUUAUCAAAGUGCGCGUGUUUUUAUGAUUCGUAAUAUGUGACGUCAUUUUUUGAAGAAGUAUUUUUUGAUAUGAAAAUAAUUGGUUACAAGUUAAUGAUAUUAAAUGCAUGCCGAUAAUUAGUAAUGGUUCUAUCUUUAUGACGUCACGUAUUACGUAUGCAACGUCUGUGAUAUCCUGAUUACUUGUUAAAGAGAGACUUUAUUUUAUCUUUGUUGUAUGUAAAAUAUUACUUUAAUAUUUAGACAGUCAGCCAAAAUUAUUAGAAACUAAAUGUAUGCUAAUACCUUUUCUAUAAUUUUAAAGCUAUGUGUGAUCGUAAGAACACGGUUAUUCUUCUCAAAGAGAUAAGAUUAGAAAUAUAUAUUCAUAUUUAAACAAAGUUUAUUACAAAUAUUGUAUUUUCAGAUAUAAUUCGCAAAAUACUUUCAUAUGUGUUAUUUUAUUGAUUCUAAGAAAUUGUACAUACCAUGUUAUACUUAAGUAUUUUUGUCAUUAAAAGUCCAAAAAAUAUGUUAUUCAAUUUUAAAUACAUUUUCUUUAUUGUGUUCCACUAUGCUAAACUUCUUAACUACUACAUAGUAUCUUCCUUGUUUACAUUGGCAUUGGCUAAAUGUGGUAUGUUUCUCCGUUUGCCAAGUAAAAGUAAUUUUCGGAUAAAUAUGAAAAAUUAUUACUCACACAAAAACACAUUGCUUUGACUGAAAUUUUCUGCCUCCAAUUUUCUUUCUGUAAUCAGAUAAUCACAAACAGACAAGUCAUUGGCUUGAAAUAAUGUUUUCUUAAGAAAUGUAUUUUAAUAGUUGAUGACUGAAUCGUAUUCUUCAAUUGGAAAUGACAUUUUACUGAUUCAAUCUCUUCAAAAUAUUGUAAAAUUAGAUAACAUAUUUUUUUACAUAUAGUGUUAUUUCAAUCAAUGUGAUAAGAGCAAAACUAUCUAUUAACAAUAGUUAAAUUUGACAUUGUUUCGAGGAACAUGAAACGUCAGAUUUACCCUGAAAAAAGUGAAUUGGACUUCCAUUAUGAAAACAUUGACCUUAAGCCUUUUUUCUUGCUACCUCAACUACAACUAGCUGGCCUAUGUUUAGGAAUUGUUUCAUUUCAUCAGUCAUAUGAAUUGUUAUGAACUGUAAUCUUAAAACGACAGCACUUGUUGAUAACAUAAUAUGGAUUGAAUUUGAUUUUUGAUAAAUAUAAAAAGCAUCAAACGUGUUAUAAGAUCACUUGUCGUGGAAAUAAAUUCCUUUUUGACAACA